AAAAUAUCUUUUACUGUAUCUUUAGACUUUCAACGAAAGUCUACAAGGAGCCAUUAUUGUCGAUACCUUUUGCUUCAAUCCUAACUUCAAUUCUGUUUUCUCUCAUUUCUCUUCUCCCGACUCGACAAAUGAACAACCAAAGAAACCCAAAAGAUUGAAAUUAAUCCUCAAAACUUCAUUCGUCUGUAUUUUUCUCCCAUUUCCUUCAGAUCUACUGGUUUUGUGUUCGAUCUUUGUUUCUUUUCUUUUUUUUUUUUUAGUUCGAACUUCUGAUAAACGUUAUAAAAUAAUAGAUAAUCUGCACAGGAUUUGUCCGGUGGUUUUGGCAGCUGCCAGGAUAAUCUCCAUCUCAUAAGAAUCUGUGAAGUAUCUUCUGCAGGUGUCAUGAAACUUGAACUGGCUGCAAAUGGGGGGCCUUCCCAGCUCAGUGAUUGCCUUCAACAACCUGAGAAUAUAUUUAAGAAAGCAAUCAAAGAUAGUUAUGAUGAAAGGACACACAAAUUAAAAAAAAAGUUAACCACAUCCCAAGUAAAGCACCUGUCGAGCUUGUUUCAGCCAACCCCAAAGUUGCAUUCAAGUGAUAAACCCUUGUUCCAGGGAUCAGAACCCGUGCCUAUUCCUGCAACCAUGUCUUCAUUUAUGUUAAUAAAAUUACAGAUGAAGGAUGAUGACAGAAUGCAGAAAUGUUUUUUCCAAUAAGGAGGCAUUUCAUGGUUAGACAUCCAUAUCUAAUAAUUAACUUUGAAUUAUUUGAAACUUGCCUUGAUAGUGUGAGAAAAAAAUAUAAUACAGUUUGCUGUUACUUUGUUGUUACUGAAGAUUACAUUGUUUUCAUUUGAUUGAAAAAUGUUCAGCUGUAUGACUAUUGAAUAUGCUUAUUGUCUUAUUUUUAUAAUUUGCAGAAUCACAACUUAAAAAUGGAGGAAAUUUUGUUAUUGUAACUUCAAAAAAUCAUUUCAAUUCAAAUUUUCAGAGGGAGCAAGAGAAAAUGUAUUAAAGUAAUAAUUGCAAUAUACACAUUGACAUUGCAUCGUGUUUGUGGUUUGUAUGGCUUUCUAUUGUUCUUACCAGGAUUGAAUUGAGAACUACAAUUUUAAACGACAAUCUUAAUAAUU